AUGGAAGCAGAAAACCAUACAGAACUAUCAGAAUUCCUCCUCUUUGGCUUCUCAGAAAAUUCUGACCUUCAUCGUCUUCUUUUUGGACUGUUCCUGCCUAUGUACCUGUUCAUGGUACUCGGGAACCUGCUCAUCAUCCUGGCCAUCACCUGUGACUCCCACCUCCACAUCCCCAUGUACUUCUUCCUCUCCAAACUGUCGUUUGUUGGCAUCUGUUUCAUCUCUACCACAGUUUCAAAGAUGCUGGUGAACAUCCGGGCACAGAGAAAAGACAUCUCCUACAUAGGGUGCCUUGUCCAGAUGUAUUUUUUAAUGUUUUUUGCUGGAGUGGAUAAUUUCUUACUGACUGUAAUGGUGUAUGACUGCUUUGUGGCCAUCUGUCACCCCCUGCACUAUACAGUCAUCAUGAUCUCCCACCUCUGUGCCUUGUUGUUUCUGAUGUCUUGGUUCAUCAUUUGCUGGGCUUCCCUUCUUCAAAUUCUACUGAUGAAGAGGCUGACCUUCUCUACAGGUACAAAGAUUCUGCAUUUCUUCUGCAACCUGGCUCAGCUUCUCAAGGUGGCCUGCUCUGAUACCCUCAUUAAUAACCUCUUCUUGUAUGUUGCAGCUGCACGGCUGUGGGUGUUUCCUGUCAUUGGGAUCCUCUUCUAUUACUACCAUAUAGUCUCCUCUUUAAUGAAGAUGUCCUCCAUUGCAGGCAAGUAUAAAGCAUUUUACACCUGUGGGUCUCAACUCUCUAUUGCAUCCUUGUACUAUGGGACAGGCCUUGGGGACUAUGUCGGUUAUGCUUUGACCCAUUCUUCUCAGAGAAGAUUAAUCACCUCAGUGAUGUACACUGUGGUCACCCCCAUGCUGAACCCCUUCAUUUACAGCCUGAGGAAAAAGGAUCUGAAGAGAGCACUGGGAAGACUCUUCAGCAGAGCAGCCUCUUGCCCUUGA